CCGCAAUUGAAUGCACAGGGCGCGCGCAAGCGAAUUCUGCGCCCCGCAUCGUCAUAUGCCAUUCCCAAUGGCCGGCUCAAGGGCUUAGUAUCACCGACCAAAGUUUUCUUUUGAUGUGAAUCAUACCUUGCGCCGUACUAAUAGUCUGCCUGUGCGCACAUCUUCUACGUCUUUCCAUAUCCCAAGUGUGUUUACUUUGCUCGAAAUCACCCGAGAUACAUUUUUGGCCCUCCAUUGUUGUCGCUGGGCCUUCAAGAGACUUUCUUCAAAGUAUCGCCUCAAAACACUCGCUGGGGUAAUCACAUCAAGAUGCCUAUGCUCAAGGAGCCAUGGAAGAAGUACCAUCCCUUCAAGCCAUUGAACCUGCCGGACAGGACAUGGCCUAACAAGACCAUCGAGAAGCCACCACGCUGGCUGUCGACCGACCUGCGAGAUGGCAAUCAAAGUCUAGUAGAUCCCAUGGAUGGCGCGCAAAAAUGGGACUAUUUCAAUAUGCUAGUCAAGCUCGGCUACAAGGAAAUCGAAGUCUCGUUCCCUUCCGCGUCGCAAACGGACUUCGACUUCACACAACGCCUUAUUCAAACACCCGGCAUAGUACCUGAUGAUGUCUGGAUUCAGGUUCUCUCGCCAUGCCGGAAAGAGCUCAUCCGCCGCACCGUCGACUCCCUAAAGGGCGCGCGCAAGGCCAUCCUCCACCUGUACCUCGCGACCAGCCCGUGUUUCCAGCAGAUCGUCUUCAACAUGAACGACGAUGAGACAAUCGCCCUGGCAGUCGAAUGCACAAAGUACGCGCGGUCGAUAACCAAGGACGAUCCUGCGCAAGCCGGCACAGAGUGGGCAUACGAGUUCUCGCCAGAGACUUUCUCAGAUUCGUCGCCAGAGUUCGUCAUCAAGGUCUGCGAGGCUGUCAAGGCAGCGUGGGAGCCAAGUGUAGAGAACCCGCUGAUCUUCAACCUGCCAGCCACCGUGGAAAUGUCGACACCCAACGUCUACGCCGAUCAGAUCGAGUACUUCUGCAAGAACAUUUCCGAGAGGGAGAAGAUUUGCGUCUCUUUACACCCACACAACGAUCGAGGAUGCGCAGUAGCCGCGGCAGAAUUGGCACAAAUGGCGGGUGCAGACCGAGUAGAAGGCACGCUGUUUGGCAACGGAGAGCGCACAGGAAACGUCGACCUCGUCACUCUGGGCCUGAACCUGUACACCCAGGGUAUACAUCCAAAGAUUGAUUUCUCGGACCUGAAGUCCAUCAUUGAUAUGGUUGAGAGCUGCAACAAGAUCCCGAUACACCCGCGCGCACCAUACGGAGGUCAGCUUGUUGUCUGCGCCUUUAGUGGUUCACAUCAAGACGCAAUCAAGAAGGGGUUCCAGAUGCGCAAGAAGAACGGCGCGGACAACGAGAGCCGGUGGCAGAUCCCAUACCUUCCCCUCGACCCCCAAGACAUCGGCCGUACGUACGAAGCUAUCAUCCGCGUCAACUCACAGAGUGGAAAGGGUGGAAUCGCCUGGAUUAUCCAGCGCCAGCUCGAACUCGACCUGCCUCGUGGUCUACAAAUCGCCUUUUCCAAGAUCGUGCAGAAGGAGACAGACAUGCUCGGCCGCGAACUCCUACCAACCGAGAUCACAAAUCUCUUCGAAGAAGCCUACCACCUCAAGCGCAAUCCUCGCUUCUCCCUUGUCGAUUACGAGAUCAAGGCCGAUCGGUCAGAGACACCUUUACCUCCACAAGACGGCAAGACAGUCAGCAGCCGCAAUCUGCGCCGUAUCUUCAACGGUGUCAUUGAGAUUGACGGUCAGGAACACAAGAUCCAGGGCUCGGGCACAGGUGCGCUGUCAUCGCUGGCCGAUGCACUGAGGAGUCUGGGUAUCGACCUAGACGUUGUGGACUACAACGAACACACGAUUGGUACAAGCAAAGAUGCAAAGGCCGCGACCUACAUUGGUUGCACAGCAGCGCAGAGCAGUCAGAAGGUCUGGGGUGUUGGUAUUCACCAGGAUGUGGUUCAAGCGUCUCUCAUCGCUAUGUUGAGCGCUGCUUCUUCAUUCCUGUCGUCGAGACCUACCACACCCAUUCCUUUCCGCCCCAAGCGAUCGAAUACCCUCGAGAUCCCUAGCCCAGACUCAAGUCCUACACGAAACGGCAAACAAAAUGGGAGCACGAUAGUGGAUAAAUUGGAGGCUGCUGUCAACGGCAGUCAGGCGGACGUCAAGAGUGCGGGCGUGUAGUGACAUGAAGUCUUUUCAACGCUUCACAGUUCAGUUCCUAUGUUCACACAUAUCGCAUAUUGCAUUUGGGAUGUAAAAGGUCGGGGCAUGGGAGUUCAAAAAGUGCUGUUGAAGUGGAAUUAGAAUAUCUAAACAAAGGUAUCGACAACUGUACUUGAAUGACGUAUGCAGAACCUUACAAUACUCGCA